AUGGUUUCUCACAUUGCUUUGACAGAGGGAAUCACCAAAGAACAUCUCAGGAUGAAAGUCUUUCCCUACACAUUGAAAGAUAAAGCAAAGACGUGGCUAAACUCCUUAAGGCCUGGAUUAUUGACUAGCUGGACGGAGGUUAAUGCUAUAACCAGUAAAUUGGACAAUUCUCCAACACAUAUAAUAUGGGAUGGCAAAAGGCACCCCAAUUUAUUUUGGAGCAAUAGUCAGAAUGUGCAAAGACCACCACCGGAAUUUCAACCACAAGAGAAGAAAAAUAACUUGGAGGACAUAAUCGCAUAG